GGGCCUGUUUCCGAGCGGAGGUUUAGGCCGGGGAGGUGGAUCUUACGUUCCGCUCCCCUCGCCCCUUCGCGCUUUAGGCCCGGGGUCGCUCAAGGCUCUCGGGCCUCCUUUGAGCUAGGCCAGCCUCGGUUGCUUAGCAACCUCAGGGAGCCGACGCGCGGCGCGCACUACGGCUACCGCGAGGCUCUGUGACGCGGAGGCGCAUGCGUCGCCGAGGUUAGAAGGGACAAGAAAGGGCACCUCCGAACGCGCGAUCUGAUUGGGCGGCCCGGGCGAGGCGGGGCUCCGGGCUGCCCCGCCCUGCGCGCAUGCGCUUGGGGGGCGCGAUCGAGCGGCGUGGAUUCGGUUCGGAAAGCGGCGGGGAUCCCGAGAUCGCCCUUUCCGGGCCGCUGGAUUCGGGGAUCGCGGCUGGGAGCACGGCCCACGGCGCCUUGCAGGAAGAAGACAUCAUGGUUCAACUGGGACGCCCCCUCCUGAAGACCUACCGCAAUCUCCGUGUUGUCAUCCGGUUCGCCCUCGGCGGCUGUGCCAAUCGCCCCUUCUACCGGAUCGUGGUCGCCCACAACAGGCGGGCCCGGGACGGCAAGUAUAUCGAGCAGAUCGGCUGCUACGACCCGAUGCCCAACCGCUGCGCCGAGAAGAUCGUGGGCAUCAACUUCGACCGGUUCAAAUACUGGUUUGCCUGCGGCGCCGCCCCGACCAAGCCCGUCGAAAAACUGUUGGGUCUUUCUGGCUUCUUCCCCCUGCAUCCGAUGACCAUCACAAACGCGGAACGGAGAAGGAAGAAAAAAGCUCAGGAGGCGGAGGGGGCGGCUGAAGAAGCAGCAGCAGCAGCAGCAGACGCGGCCGGCCAGGAAGAACAGCAGCAAAACUGACAGCGGGGGUGAGAGUGGGGUGAGAAAACCCCACGCGCAGACGGAGAAGCAAAAUAAUUUGUCCCCUUCGAAUCCGGACAGCGCUGAUUUUUACUGCGCGGCGUCGUAACCGCCAAACGCAAAACCUUGCACGGAAGAAUCGUGCGGUUUAAGGAAAGGCUGGCGCCCGUCCCCGUGCGGUGCACACUGGACAGAACACAGACCAAAUGCUGUGGGUUCCAAGCCAGGGCGGCCGUUCGCGCGAUUAAAGCCAAAAUUAAACGAA